UUUUACAGAUAACCAUUAACCAUUUUCUAGUGUCACAAUUUCUCAGAGAUUCUUUUGCGAGCUCCGAUUUUUGUGUUUAAAUUUUCGUAUUCAAUUUUAAUUGAAGAUGGCAUCUAAACGCAUAGCUCAAUCUUCCGUAAACUGGGCAGCAAUUGCUGAACGAGUACCGGAAGCGGACAAAGCGUCUUACUUGGCGUUCAAAGCCAAGUCCGAUGGAUAUCUUCGCAAAAUGUUGGCUGCCCCAGCCGAACCAUUGAAAAUUGAUUGGGCGGCAUAUAAAAAUAAAAUAGCCGUACCUGGGCUGGUCGACAAUUUUGAGAAAUCGUACAAUGCAAUUAAAAUUCCAUACCCCGAGGACAAGUACACUCCAGCUAUUGAUAAACACGAAAAGGAAAUUAUCAAAGGUAUUGAAGAAUUCAAAGCCGAAUCAGAAGUGAUAAUCAAAGCAGCUGAAAAGAGAAUUGCAGAAAUCAACAGUUUGCUGCCAUUCGGUCAAAUGACCUUUGAAGAUGCUGCUUAUAUUCAACCGGAAUUGACAUUGGAUUUGGAGAACAAACCAUCAUUCUGGCCGCAUCAAGAGAUUGAUUACAUUAAUGACGAACCAGAAGCAGAAAAUCCACAAAUUGAAGAACAGAAAAAAAUUGAUGCAGCUCAUUAAAUAAAUAAAAAAUGGUUCAUAGUUUUCAGUUCUAAUUUUACAUCAUGGUUUUUUCCAUAAACACUUAGAAACAUAUUUAUAUAGGUACCUAUAUAAAUUUAUGGUUAAAAUUUUAGAUUUUUUUUUUCAUGUUUUAUUCAAAAUUCUGUUAAACAUUAAUUUUGUAAGAACAAAAGUACAAUAACAUUGCUUCGUACUGUAUAACACUGUUGAAUAAAUUAUAAAAAAAAAAACAUAAUUUCCAAUUAUUAAUUUAUUUUUUACUCCACUGAUUAAAAAUAGGUAAAAUUAUGGUUGAUAUUGAUUAAUAAUUAAAAUCUAUUAUUGCAUCUUGAUAUUCCUAAUAAUGCAUAAGUCAACAAAUAUAAAUAUUGAUAUUAAUAAUUUUUGCACAUAUUCUAUACUCCGACCCACAAGAGAGUAUUACCGUCGCCCGACGAAAACUCGUCCGAUUCCGCGCAUUCCCCACUACUUGGCAUUGUCAAUAGCUGUUCGACAACGGUCGAUUGUGCUCAACGCUAUACGAUGUAUAGUGGUCCUGGAAAUAGGGCCUCGGAACGGUCUCCGCUGUCAGUCUGCAUGCGCCAAACGGUAAUGCUCUCUCGUGGGCUGGAGUAUAAAAGAUUUUAUAAUGGGAUAAUAUAAUAUGAUGAGUUACAGUUGUUGUGGAUAAAAUUAAUCUUGUUAUAUUACCUAUUAAACAGUUAAUAUUAGUCAUAAUUGUAUAAUAACAAUUAACUACUAAUUGUUGCCGGUUUGAAUUUAACAUUAUUUAUUUUAAAUCUCCGACAACAUUUAAAAUCCAAGAACAAUAUUAGCCUAAAUAUCAUUAUAUUGUUCUAAAACAGAUUUAGGGGAAAUGAAUCAAAGGAUACAUGCUUAUUCCUUAAUAAUGUGCAGUGCAAUACUCCUGGCAAAAUUAAAACUGGUACUUAAAACUUAAAUUUGCAUAUCAGGAAUAUCAACCUAUGGUAUAUGUAAUAAAUUAGUUAUUUCCAACUUUUUGUACAAAUUAUAUAAAUGUAUCAAAAUGAUAUGUUAUGUUUAUGUUAUAGAAUCAUCAAGUGGUAAUAUCUGUAACGGAUAACAAUUACAGAUUUGAUAUACAGAAUUACCUGUAUCAAUAGUUUUUAAACAACAUAUUUUAUGUUUAAAUUUGGAUGAAAUUAUAUUUAAAUACAAAUUAUA